AGUCACAUCCUGAUGUAUGUGAAAGAAUGUUGCUGUCUCUAAGCAAAACAAAUAUGGCGUCUGACGACGAGGAAAUACCAGAAACUGGCGCUAUUUUUACGUUUGGUAAGACACGAUUUGCUGAGAACUUGGCAAAUAAAUUUUGGAUUAGAGACGACAGGGUACUGCAGCUAGCCUGUGGUGACGAGCAUUCCGCUGUUAUUACAAGCAGUGGAAGGUUAUAUACGUUUGGUAGUAAUGAUUGGGGCCAACUAGGUCAUGGUAAUUCUAAACCAUACACAAAACCAAGCGUAGUUAAAAAAUUAAAAGGAGAUAAAGUAAAGGCUGUUGCUUGUGGAAGAAGUCAUACUUUGGUUAUCUCAGAGUCAGGAGUAUUUAGUUUUGGAGCAGGUUCUGAUAGUCAACUGGGACAUGGAGAUAAUAAGGGUUAUAAUAUUCCAACUGAAAUUGAGGCGUUGAGUGAUAAAACUAUCAAUCAUGUAUCAUGUGGUGCUGAACAUUCUGCUGCUGUCACCGGCAAUGGUGAGCUCUAUGUGUGGGGUUCUGGUAGCGAGGGUCAAUUAGGUCUUGGAAUUUCUGAGUGUGAAUUACCCACAUUAUUAAAAUUUAGAUCAAAAGUUACGCUUGUUGACUGCGGCUACUACCAUACAGCUGUUAUCACUGAGCUUGGUAAACUUUAUACAUUUGGCGAUAAUGAAGCAGGCAAACUUGGACUUGAGGAUAAUCAAUGUGAGGAUACUGAACAACCGCAACAAGUGAAAACUUUAAAUGAACCUGUGGUUUCUGUGUCAUGUGGUGGUAACCACACAGCUGUUGUUACUAAACGUGGUAGUUUGUUUACUUUUGGGUCUGGUAUGCAUGGUCAACUGGGUCAUGGACCAGUUUUUCAAGAGGUUGCACUACCUAAACUUGUUUCAAUGCUACAAGGGAAAUGUGUGGCAGAUGUGUCUUGUGGAGAAAGUCACAGUGCAGUUAUUACUAAAAAUGGAGAGAUGUUCACAUUUGGGGAUGGACGUCAUGGUAAACUUGGCAUGGGAGAUGAAAGCUUCUCAAACCUCUUUCAACCUGCAAAAGUGACAAGGUUUAAAAAGUUUAAUGUUGAACAAGUUUCUUGUGGUGGCUGUCACAUGUUGGCUGUAGCUGCUAGGAAAACUGGGGACAUCAAAGACAGUGAGGAGUCUGAGCAAGAUAUUAACAAGAUUGAAGAACAUAGUGGUGAAGAUGUACCUGAUGGACCUAGAUUAUCCCAAACUGUACCUAUAUCUGGAAUGACUGCGAGAGAUAAGAGACGGAGGAAGGAUACAGAUGGUGUUCCUUUAACCAGUUCUCUUCCUCCUCUCAAUCGAUCUUCACUGCCACCAUUGGCUAGUCUUGGGCUGGCAAGUACGAAGAAAGACGAGAAACAGUCAAUAAAAAAUGGGAAACUUAAUCCACUCAACAGAUCAAUGUUGCCAACCAUAUCAAUAAAAAGUCCCAGCCCAGAGGACGAAGAGAAUAGCGUAGAAAAGUUAUCCAAUUCCAGGCGACUUCCACCUCGUCCAAAACGUAGACAGAAAAAAGUUGAACCCCCGUCCGAUAGCGAAGAAGACGAUGAGGGAGAACAAAAAGCAAGCACCACUCCCAGACCAACACCUUUACCACGAAAACAAAAAAAUACGUGGGAAAAGCAAAAAAAUAAUGAUGACAGUGGUAAUGUCAAUAAGUUUCAAAAGGGGCAGAAAACUCGCGAAAAUAUCGAGAAGUCUGGUUCCGAGGCUAGUGAUGAAGAUAGUGAUGAAGGUGGUGAUUCAACGAACAGGCCAAGCUCUUCACAAAUUUUCACUCGAAAUGGAGAGAAAUCCGAACCAAGGACAAGAGAAGGUGUUUCUGAGGAAGGAAGUGAAGAAGACGAAGGAAACCAGGAGGAUGGUGUGCAAGAGGAUGAUAAGGAAGAAAAUAAAACAGCGAAAGAUGAUAGUCAACAAGAUAUUGAGAAGAAACAAGACGAGGAAGAUGACGAUGACGAGGAAGAAACUGAAGAAGAAACUGGAGAUGAAACUGGUGAUGAAGAAGGAGAAGAAGUUGAGGAUGAAGCUGGUGAUGAAGAAGAGGAUAAAAUUGGAGAUGAAGGAAAGACGAAAGAGAAAACUAAAGAUGAAGGUAAAGAUGAUGGAAAAGAAGAAAAGGAUAAGAAAACUAAAGAUUCUAAAAAGGUACUUCCGACAAACUAG